CUACAUCUUGUAAAUGUUGAGAUUUUUUACAAGAGAGGUGACCCUAUAAAUGAAGUCUGCUCCAAAUAACUAGUGUUGGUUAAAUGCAGAAACUUUAUUAGCUCUUUGUGGUUCUCUGUACAUGUGACGAUAAAAAAGGAUGAUUCAUCCUCUAGGCAAGGUGAAUGCCUCAGCCAAAUAUAAUAGCAAUCCAUUAGUUGCUGAAAUAUUUCACUGAAAUAAUUGUUUUCCUCUGGGGACCGUCCAUGCACAAAACAGUUGCUGAGUUAUUUCGAUGUCAACCAGCGUGAUGGCAUUUUUAUCCCCAGAGCCAUGGCGAUAGCAUGACCAAAAAAAACACAAGAUUACAGAUUACAUUCUUGUUUCAAUAAACAUGAGUACUUAUAUGCUUUAUUUCCCUAGCUCCCAGGUGUAGACAAUAUGAUGUCAAGAUGAUGAGAAAUGUUGGAGAUAACUUGCGUAAAGGAUCCACAAACUAAAAGCAUUUUAUUAUCCUCUCUCUCUCAGACUCAGCAUGAGUAGGGCAGAUGGUGAUGAAGGCGGAGGUGGCAGCAGUGAAACAGCCCAGCAGACGGAGGAGAAAACUCCAGAGGGGAAGCUCCUGGACAAACUGAGUGCUACUACUAGUAGCCCCGGCUGGACUAAAGUCAGUUGUCCCUGCUGUGAAUCGCAGCGGGUGGAGCCUCUGGUUCUGGUGAAGCUCGGAGAGAAAGUUCGCCCUGAGACGAAGAGGUGGCUCAUGAGAGUGAUCGGAGCUCCUCAGAAAGAUGGAGGUGCUGCAUUGCUGGCCCAUCCGGGCGAGGACGCCACUGGUGACAUCAUCGUGCUCUCCGCCCCACGCUGCACGUUACUGAGAGCCACUGAAGAGCUGGGCCUCUGUAAGACGUACCACUCCGGGGACAUGGAAGCCUUCUCCUACAACGACAGAGACAGCUUCAACGAUUCAGGUACGGCAGUGGAGCCAUGA